AUGGCCUCCAAGACUGGUGUCUCGGCCCUUAACGGCGCAGCGCUGGUAGCGGCCAUCACGUCUGCCUGCUCGGCAGGUUUCCUACUGUUCGGCUACGACCAAGGCGUCAUGUCCGGCGUUGUUAUCUCUACAUUCUGGUUAGAAGCCAUGGGCAACCCCAGCACACUGCUCGUUGGUACCAUCACAGCACUUUACGAUGUCGGCGCCGUUGCUGGUGCCAUAGCUGCAGCCUUUACAGCCGAGCCACUUGGACGGAAGCGCAUACUUUUGUCGGGUACGACUAUUCUGACCAUAGGAACCAUUCUGAUGGGCAGUGCGUACGAGCGCGUGCAAUUCAUGAUCGCUCGGAUCAUCACGGGUAUCGGGAUAGGGUACAUCACGUCAGUCACUCCGGUCUAUCAGAGCGAGAUCAGCAAGGCCGCGCAAAGAGGCUGGCAAGUCUGCUGCCAGCUCACGACAAUGCUGUUUGGCCUCAUGCUGGCGUACUGGAUAUACACUCCUCGUUGGCUGAUGCGGCAUGAAGCCAGUCAUGAGCGCGGUAUGGAAGUACUCAGCAGACUUCGAGGCAGGCCUGUGGACAAUCCGGACGUUCAAACGGAGACUCAUGACAUCCUCGAGGCCAUUCGCAUCGAGGCGAAGGAAGAAGGCAGCUGGGCCGACCUCUUCCGUUCGAACGGCAUCAGCGCGGACAAGCGGUUCUACCUAGCGUGCGGGAUACAGUUCAUGCAACAAAUGAGCGGCAUGAAAAUUGUGACGUACUACGCACCGACACUCUUCCAAUCGAGCCUCGGGUUCUCAACCCAGAUGGCAAUUCUCAUGGGCUGCUUCUUGCAGGCCUGGUACAUCCUCGCCUCGUUCGUGACCUGGUUCACCAUCGACCGAGUAGGCCGCCGACCACUCUUCUUCUCUUGUGCACUUGGCAUGUCCGCCGUCCUCAUCGCGGAGGCGAUUUGCGUCGCGAUCGGCGGCACAGCAGCCAGCAUCGCCGCUGUUGUCUUCAUAUUCUUGUUUGAAGCCUUUUUCACCUGGGGCUGGAUGGGCUGCGUGUGGGUUUACCCGCCAGAAAUUCUACCGUUGAAGAUUCGAGCCAAGGGUGCAGCUCUGGCUGCCGCAGCGGACUUCCUGGGCAACUUCCUGGUUGUUGAGAUCACUCCGCCAUCGCUGAAGAACAUUGGCUACAAGACUUACAUCAUCUGGGCUGUCAUGAACGUCGCCAAUGCCAUCAUUGUAUGGCUGUUCUACCCGGAGACAGCCGGCAUACCACUUGAGAAGAUCGACCUGCUUUUUGCUCAGACGCCUUCAUUAGCGCCGGCCCAUGACGAGCUGCGGCUGCAGUGGAGUGUUGUAGCCCGGGCCGGCAUGGAGGUCAAGAAAGGACAAACUUUGAAACCGGGCGUUGCCGUGACUGACGCGGAGAACCUGAGCGUGAAACAAGCGGAUAGCCCAAAGGAUGGAGUUUCCAUUAUGCAUCUGGGAUAGCGCGGGAUGGAGUUGUCGUUCGAAAUAUAUCAAUUAUCGGACCUAGGAUCCAUGAAAGUUUCGCAUCAAGAGAGGGUUCUGGCAUCUAGGGCCUUUCAGCCUAUAACCUACAAUGAUCCGCUUCUAAGCGUGACUCGCCUCGUGGGUGACACGACCGCCGAUUGAGCACAGAUCCCUCGACUCAAUACAC